AUGGCAUCUGACGUUGAGAUGGGAGAUGACAGCCCUAACCAGCAGUCAGAUGUUGACUCUCUCAAAUCAACUUCCCCCAGUGAGCCAGCUGAUGUGUAUGAUGUCGAGGAAAUUCUGGCCGAGAGGAAAUCUCGCGGGAAAAUAGAGUAUCUUGUCAAAUGGCUAGGAUAUCCGGUGCAUCGGUCCGACUGGGAGCCCAGGGUCAAUUUGGACGCGCCAGAGAUACUUGCCAACUGGGCUCGGGCAAAGGUUGAAAUCAAAUCAAAAAAAAGAAAACCUUUUGAUGUUGACGCGUUUGAAGAGGAUUUGAAACGUCGCGAGGAUGAAACGAAGGCACGCAAGAAAGCCCGGCAAGCUCGCCGAAUUGAAAGAGAUAAGAAACUAAAAAGCAUAAUUAUAUGGUCCGAUGAUGAGGACUCAAAUCACUGUGCGCAAAUCUCGCAAGCCGGCGAAGGUGUCGAUGAUAUUGAUGACUUGUUUGUUGCCGCCAGCAGCAAAGAUUCGGACGAUUCAUCUAGCGAGGGUUCCAAGGUCAAAGGUCCUAAUGCUAAUUCCAUCACCUCGGGUCAACCCCCUACUGGAACUGCCGAAACUCCCAUCAAUAUAACUGAAACUCCAGCAACCAAACCAAGAUCUGCUGUCGGUGCUACUCGGGCCUCUCCAGAACUUAUUCAAGCUACCACUGGUGUUUCUCAAGCUCCCGUCAAUCCUACCCAGGAUCUUCAAGGAAGACCGAAAGCUUCCCUCGGUGUCAGCCAGGCCUCCAAAGAUACCAUUCAACCUGUGGCCACUACUUCUCAAUCUCUUCAAAACUCAUCGCAGCCCACCCACUCUCCCAAUCCCAACUCCAAGACAUCGCAAGGAGCUGCUAGCAAGACCUCGGCUUCGACGAAAUUCUCGUCAAAUGGGACCAAAAAGAUCCAUCCUCACCCUCCAUCAAAUCUCCCUGGGUUUGGAGAUGCGAGUCUCGCUCCUGUGCCUAGAAACGCGGCUCAUCAUGUCAAUACUAAAUGGCUUGGGCGGGGAUCAAAAUGGGGAAGAGAUCGAGCUCCAGAUGCGAGCGAGCUACAACUUUUGAAGCCAGCCGAGUUCACCCCAUUGAAGAAUCCACAAGUGAACAAUCCCCCAAUCACCACACAAAUUUCGAGUGAACAGUCAAGUAGACUGGGGGAUAUGACACCGGGAAAUUCUAGCCCUUCAAGCACACGCCCUGCCGAGUCACAGCAGGUACCUAAGGACCAACCUACGACAGAUUUACCAUGGCCUGACCACGCCCCGCGGAAUCCGAGAUCCAUGGAUCCGGACAUAGGAGUUCCUCGUCUAUCUGGCCAGGCAGUCGAUCGAGAUUCCUCUUCUCGGGUCAGUAAUCCUUCGCGCCCCGUUUCUGAGAAUCAUAGAUCCCUUGGGCGACUACCUGCAAGGCGAUCAAUACAGGGCCUCAAUCGGCCAUUUGAAACUGGUCCGUUAGAAACACAACCGCGGCGGGAGCCUUAUCGGCAAUCAGAUCACCUGUGGAAUCGAUCGAGGGGGUAUUACAAUCGAUCCCCAUCCCCGCCAUCCCGCAAGAUGUCAGCGCCAGCUGAUGACUUCCGCCGCCACUCGAUAUCUUCUCGAAUGCCCACAUCAGGAGCUCACACCAAGUCAUAUCGGAUGAAUUCCAGAGAUGGGCCCCCGUCAGCUGCAGCUCGAUCGGGGCAUGCGCUCAAUGAAAUCGAAAAAGAGGAACUCUCGCGAAUGCCGGUUGGCAUACGAACCCAGGAAUCACUGGGUUCACCGCAUUUUCUUCCUCGCGGUCACUUCUGGAACCCAAGAGAGGUCUAUGCGCACGUGUUUUAUGGGCCUGAUAAGACACCUGUCGGUGCGGUCAGGAUAUGCGACCUAUCGUUUGAGGCAAGAAAGGACCUUCUCAGUUCCAAGGCGGAAAACUUCCGGUGUGAAAUGUGGUUCAAGGAUCUAUGCAAUGAGUAUCAAUACGCCGAACUGUGCCAAAGGGUAAUAGUAUUCUUUCUAAAGCACCGUGACCUAAAACAGAAACUAAAAUUCAUGCAGGCUUCGAGAAAUUUCGCCUUCGGCAACUGUUGGAUGGAAGGCUUUCAGGAUACCAAUCCGGGACUCCUUCGCAUGGCUCAUCAUCUACGUCAGAGAAAUGUGAUGGCCAUCUUUUAUCCGCAGGACCCAAAGGGAAAUGUUUGGCUUGCGUUCUCUCGCGCGUCUCCUGACUUCGACUUUCUCGAUCUCAAGUUGGAUACUCAAAAAGUCCCAAAUGGCACACCUCUUCUCUUGUCUGUGCGUGCGGCGUUGCCCCCGUUUUCUUCACUGUCAGCUUUUGAAGAUACGCCGAGCGAUAUGGGUGCGCUACUUUCUGAUGAUCCUUUCGCUGGAGUCGAAAAAUCUACCGAUUCUACGCCUCAUAUUCAGCAAGUCACAAAUGUACCACAAAAUCAAGAAACUGGUGCCAUGGCCGCUUCUAUGUUGACCAUGGAAGACAAAGAAGGAAUUCUCAAGAGUUUCUUUGCAUCUACUCUCAGAACCAGCAUUAAAGACUUAAACAGGCUAAGUGAUUCUUCGACGGCGGAGAAUUUCUUUCUUUUCUUUCCUCCGGAGGAGGAAGAAGAAUUUCAGAUCAUGCAGAGAUGGCUCUCCUGGAAUAAUAUGACCGUUUACUCUAAUCGAGACAAGAAUGGCUGGUCCAGAUUUAUGGACAAUAGCAAACGUGGCGUUCUCAUUUUUCAUGAAUCUUUCUCCGAAAUUCACUCACAAUGCCCGGGAAUUGCCAAACUCAUGAUGGGCGAAGUAUUCAAUUUCUGGAGCGUCCGUCUAUAUCGUAAACUUGAGUGGGCGGACCCUCACGGCCUUUGCACAAAUGACCACUUCCAACCCCUGUUCCCCAGAGGGGGCUUGAUCCUACUCGCCGAGGACAUCUUCCAAGACCUGAAAAAAACCACUAUCCUGAUAUACUGGUUUCUUCACUUUCCCCAAAGAAAGGAUUGGAAGCUUGUCCUUCCCCCAGACGCCUGGAAACGCUUGCAAAGACAGCUUCAGCAGGCAAAGGACGACCAGGAAACCAAGUUCUUGUUAUCCAUUAUCGUCUCAAUCAAGAAAAUUAAUUCGAUUGACGAAAGGUGUCCCUACUUCCAGGAAGACAGCCUACGCCCCAGCGAGAUUCAUGAACCGAACAGCAACAUUGUUUCUCUUCCCAUAGAAGGUUAUGGUUCCCGCUCCGAGGAUGACCACCCGGCGAUCCCGAAGGGCCUCUCGCAGCAAGAGCGAGAUAUGGAUCAUCUAGCCGAAGCGUUUGCAGGUUGGACGUUAACAAAAUCAGCUUGUUUUCGGCGAAUGAUCAUUCUAUCAUCUGUUCAAUCACAACCUCUACGAAACCGCUGGCGAAGUUGGGGGCAUAUUAUUCUCUUGGAGUCUGAUGAUUUCUUUACAAAAUUCAAAGUUCGCGAGCAUGUGAUCAUGGAAAGCCUUCUUAAAGAAAGGCGAUCAAACCAAACCGCAACUUCCCCUGCAGAUACGACCCCAGGUACCCCAGCAACCCCAGCGGAUCCUCCAGUCGAUGCCGAUCCGAGCGACUUCUGGAAGCGGCCCUCCGAAUUCCGCCAAUCCGGCUCAUACAGAUGA